UAUCUGACCUGUUUGAAGACUUCAAGGUCACAGACAGAUAAGCUGUCCUUUGAUGUGGGGCUGCAGGAGGACUCAACAGGUAAAACCUCACAGUCACAUUCAUAGCUGGGAUUCUGACUUUACCUGCCCCACUAUUCAUUUCAGAUUCUCUUAAGCACUGCAUGAAAAGAGGGAUUUGCAGUUUCCUAUAUUGUAGGAAAUGUACCACAUUUGCAGAGAUUUCAGUUAUUUAUUCCCUAGGAGAUCUCCCCUGGUAACAUUCCAAGCAGACUGAAAUAAAUGUCCUAGAUUGGAUCUUUGUCACGAUGUUGAGGCUCAGCUCAUUUGUCUCAUAAAGAUGUUAAAGAUGGUAUGGCUUUCCACAUAUUGGAAGGCUGGUUGCUGUGGUGCUUGUAUGUUGAUAAGUGUGAGUGGGCUUACAGUAUAUUAGAGUUUGUGCGAAUACGUUUGUGUGUCUUAAAUGUAAUUUAUGUGUCUGUGCUGUGCUCGCUUGUGUGUGUUGAUUUCACCAUUGUCAUCUAUCCCCAAACAGUAGUUACAGGUUCAACUUUCUGUGUAGCUCAAUCAUCUGUGUAUGUACACUGAACAAAAAUAUAAAUGCAACAUGCAACGAUUUCAAAGAUCUUUCUGAGUUACAGUUCAUAAGGAAAUCAAUCAAUUGAUUUGCCUCAUGCGUGACACAUCUCCUUCGCAUAGAGUUGAUCAGGCUGUUAAUUGUGGCCUGUGGGAUGUUGUCCCACUCCUCUUCAAUGGAUGUGCAAAGUUUCUGGAUAUUGGCGGGAACGGGAACGCGCUGUCGUACACAUCGAUCCAGAGCAUCCCAAACAUGCUCAAUAGGUGACAUGUCUGGUGAGUAUGCAGGCCACGGAAGAACUGGGACAUUUUCAGCUUCCAGGAAUUGUGUACAGAUCCUUGCGACAUGGGGCCGUGCGUUAUCAUGCUGAAACAUGAGGUGAUGGCGGCGGAUGAAUGGCACGACAAUGGGCCUCAGAAUCUCAUCACGGUAUCUCUGUGCAUUCAAAUUGCCAUCGAUAAAAUGCAAUUGUGUUCGUUGUCUGUAGCUUAUGCUUGCCCAUACCAUAAACCCACCGCUACCAUGGGGGACUCACAACGUUGACAUCAGCAAACCGCUCGCCCACACGAUGCCAUACACACUUUCUGACAUCUGCCCGGUACAGUUGAAACCAGGAUUAAUCCGUGAAGAGCACACUUCUCCAGCGUGUCAGUGGCCAUCGAAGGUGAGCAUUUUCCCACUGAAGUCGGUUACGACGCAGAACUGCAGUCAGGGUGGUGAAGACAACGAGCACGCAGAUGAGCUAUCCUGAGACAGUUUCUUCGGUUGUGCAAACCCACAGUUUCAUCAGCUGUCCGGGUGGCUGGUGAAGAAGCCAGAUGUGGAGGUCCUUGUCUGGCGUGGUUAUACGUGGUCUGCGGUUGUGAGGCCGGUUGGACGUACUGGCAAAUUCUCUAAAACGACGUUGGAGGCGGCUUAUGUUAGAGAAAUGAACAUUCAAUUCUCUGGCAAUAGCUCUGGUGGAAAUUCCUGCAGUCAGCAUGCCAAUUGCACGCUCCCUCAAAACUUGAGACAUCUGUGGCAUUUUAGUGGCCUUUUAUUGUCCCCAGCACAAGGUGCACCUGUGUAAUGAUCAGCUUCUUGAUAUGCCUGUCAGGAGGAUGGAUUAUCUUGGCAAAGGAGAAAUGCUCACUAACAGGGAUGUAAACAAAUUUCUGCAGAACAUUUUUGAGAAAUAAGCUUUUUGUGCAUAUUGAAACAUUUUGGAUUUUUUUUUCAGCUCAUGAAACAUGAGACCAACACUUUACAUGUUGUGUUUAUAUUUUUGUUCAGUGUAUAUUUGUAUAAUGUUUUUUUUUUAUGCAAAAAUACUCCUGUCUGAACUUAAACAACUAAAACCAGGUUAAAACAUUUUUGGGGGAAAUUAUAAUGAACCUACAUUUUUUAUAAUGUAAUCUCUAAACUAUUUUUCUUAAAUCACAGUAUUUUUAAUAUAGAGUUAUUAGCAGCGCUAUUUAGCGAAUUUGGUUGAUUUUGUGGUCUCAAUCCAGUGAGCUUAUUAACAUUAUUCAUCAGCAAUAUGGGCAAAAUGGAAUUAUUGACAAUGAAAAAGGUGGGAAUGAUGUUCCCUUGUAAUAUAAUUGCUACAUUUACUAUCAAUAUAGCAUACAAUAUUGUUUUCCAGUUUGCAUUUAGCCCCAAAAAAUUGGGAUGCGAAUAUUUGUCACGAACGUUGAGACGGGUCAGACCAAGGUGCAGCGUGGUAUGCGAACAUGUUUAUUAAACUGGAUAAACACUGACAAAACAACAAAAGGCAACGAAAACGUGACGUCGGAAGGCUAUACACAAACAAGCCAAACACACCGAAACACAAACAAGAUCCCACAACCCAGGCAGGAAUACUGGCUGCCUAAGUAUGAUCCCCAAUCAGAGACAACGAGCGACAGCUGCCUCUGAUUGGGAACCACACCCGGCCAAACAUAGAAAUACAGAACCUAAACUUUCACACCCUGACCAAACUACCUAGAUAAUAACAGUCUCUCCAGGUCAGGGCGUGACAAUAUUGGGUCGCGACUGAGACAACCUGGUUAAAUUUGGGUCCCGAGGCAAAACCAGUUGAGAACCAAUGAUGUAGAUCAUAGAGUUAUAAAUAACAUUAUUCAGGCAGGUGACCGCACCACUGUUUCUCUGUGCUCCUGCAGGUGAAGCCUGUUGGUGGACCAUCCAUCCUGCUUCCAAACAGAGGUCAGAGGGCGAGAAGGUACGCAUCGGAGAUGACCUCAUCCUUGUCAGCGUGUCAUCAGAACGAUACCUU